UCUCUGCGUACAAUGACACUUGGAUCCCUGGGCAACAGCAGCACAUCUUCUUCCUUCCUGCUGAGUGGGGUUCCUGGGCUUGAGCACAUGCACAUCUGGAUCUCCAUCCCACUGUGCUUCAUGUACCUGGUUUCCAUCCUGGGAAAUGUCACAGUCCUUUUCAUCAUCAAAACGGAGCCCUCGCUCCAUGAGCCUAUGUACCUCUUCCUGUCCAUGCUAGCUCUGACUGACAUGGGUCUGUCUCUUUGUACCCUCCCUACAGUGUUGAGUAUUUUUUGGCUUGGGGCACGAGACAUUGGUCAUGAUGCCUGUUUUGCCCAGCUCUUUUUCAUUCACUGCUUGUCUUUCCUGGAGUCCUCUGUGUUACUGUCUAUGGCCUUUGAUCGUUUUGUGGCCAUUUGUCGCCCCUUACAUUAUGCUUCCAUUCUCACCAAUGCUGUCAUCGGCAGAAUCGGUCUCGCAUCUCUGGGCCGAAGUGUAGCACUCAUUUUCCCACUGCCUUUUAUGCUCAAAAGGUUUCCCUACUGUGGCUCCCCAGUGCUAUCACACUCCUACUGUCUCCACCAAGAAGUGAUGAAAUUGGCCUGUGCAGACAUCAAGGCCAACAGCAUCUACGGCAUGUUUGUCAUCAUUUCCACAGUGGGUGUGGACUCACUGCUUAUCCUCCUCUCCUAUGCGCUGAUCCUGCGCACAGUGUUAUCCAUCGCCUCCAGGUCUGAGAGAGUGAAAGCUCUUAAUACUUGUGUUUCCCACAUCUGUGCUGUGCUUCUCUUUUACACUCCCAUGAUUGGCUUAUCAGUCAUCCAUCGCUUUGGGAAGCAGGCACCUCAUUUGGUCCAGGUGGUCAUGGGCUUUGUGUAUCUUCUAGUUCCUCCUGUGAUGAAUCCUAUCGUCUACAGUGUGAAGACUAAACAGAUCCGAGAUCGGGUAACCCAUGCAUUUUGUUCCUAA